AUGCUCGCUGCAUUCUCCUUGAAACGAAUCCUGGACACAACUACCCUUGCUUCUACCGGGGAGAGGAAGCCUAUCGAGGGCGGAUGCCCGAUUUGUUUCCAUGAUUUCGAGACUAACAAGAAAACUACGUGGUGUCAGUCAUGCGGCAGCAAUUUUCAUGAGGCUUGCUUCAAGAAGUGGGAGCGCACUCUGAAUGCUUACCACGAUGUUGUCCAUUGUCUCUACUGGUAA